CAGAUGUCUUAACUUGAUUUGCGCUGUAGUUUAUCGCUUACUCAUUACUCAUCCGUCGAUUCCUGUGUUUUUCUUUUAACUUGUUCUUCCUAUCCUGUCUUUUAAAUACAAAUAUCUACUAUAAAGGGACAUUUUAAAAUGGGCAUUUUCUCCGGGAGUUCACCAUUCGAUCAGGAUGUCGAAAAAGCAACUGACGAGAAAAAUAUGGGUGAUAACUGGGAGACGAUUCUUGAUGUCUGCGACAAAGUGAAAGCCAUAACCACAGGACCCAAAGAUUGUUUAAGAGCUAUUAUCAAGCGUUUGUAUCAUCAAAAUCCACAUGUUGCUAAGCAAGCUGUUAUUCUUUUAGAUGCUUGUGUUAGCAACUGCAAUAAACCAUUCCACCUAGAAUUGGCCUCAAGAGAUUCUGAGCAAGAGUUGUAUAAGCUGAUAAAAAACAAAUUACACCCUCAAGUAGCUUCCCAACUGAAACAAUGUUUGAAAAAAUGGGCUGAAGGUGAUUUCAAAACUGAUUCUCAACUUAGUCUCAUACCUGCCCUAUAUAAUCGUUUGAGGCAAGAAGGUUCUGAUUUCAUGGGGACAUCUGAUCCAGUAAAGAAAGUAGUUAUACACAAUUCAGAUGUAGCAGCUAAAGAAGAAGAAGAUAUAGCAAAAGCAAUUGCGUUGUCACUCAAAGAAGCAGAAGUGACGACAAAAGUUUCCUCAUCCUUGUAUCCUUCGAUGGCAACAGCUGCUCCAGUUUCACCCGUGAAAGAGCGCCGCAAAGUUCGUGCCCUGUAUGAUUUUGAGGCCGCCGAAGAUAAUGAAUUGACAUUCAAAGCUGGAGAAAUCAUUCACGUCAUUGAUGAUUCAGACCCAAACUGGUGGAAGGGAUCGAAUCAAAGAGGAGAAGGCCUUUUCCCGGCCAAUUUUGUGUCGACCGACUUGGAUGUUGAACCUGAGAUUAUGGUAGCAAGGGAUACGUCUAAGAGAGUCCAGUUUAACGAGCAAGUAGUCGUAGCCACUCUUGAAGAGACGGCUAGUAGUGAAGCCGAAGUAGAGAUCGAUGAAGCUAAAAUAGAUCGAAUGCUUCAUGCCCUUCAUGAAGCAGACCCCACAGGAGAACGAAACGAUCCCGAAGAGUUAAAAGUGUUAGAAGAUCAAUGUGGAGCGAUGGGACCCCUAAUUGAUGCCGAACUGGAGAAACUUGAUCGGCGCCACGCUCAUCUUACCAAACUAGGAAGUCAUUUGAUAGAAUCACUUGACAUGUAUCGCAGCCUAAUGCGAGAGAUGCCGGCCGCACAAGCUCAUGGUAAUAUUACCAUGGGAAUGCCUGGUCCUGGAUAUCAGUAUACAGGAAUAAGCGUUGGAUCAACUGUUCAGCCUGGCGGCGCUAUGCAUGCAACCGGGGCGAUGAAAUAUCCGUUUCCGCAACCUCAAGCUCCUCCGCAGAGUCCAUCGUUAGCACCUUUUGCUCCGCCUGGCAGCCAGCCUGCUCCGUUCCCUCCUAAUCAAGUCCCCAACCCAAUGCCUUAUGGAGUUGUUAAUAUGGGUCAACAGCCUUUUGUUAAUCCAUACUCCGGUCAUCCCCCUAACUUCUAGUUUGUAUUAGCUGCGCAAUUGUACAGUUACUAAGGCACUGCGUUGUUGUAACUCUCCUUCCUGUCUUUUUCCAUUCUUCAAGGUCUCAGUUGUUUCAUAUCUAAUUUCAUCAAACCUUUACCCUACAACCCAUUUAGUUACUCUGUUGAUUAUAACAAUAAAUUCGCAUAACUUUCCGUUCGAA